AUGGCACAGCAUGGCUUGCAAGCAAUCAAAUACUCGAGGGGCAAAUUGGAGGUCUUGGACCAAUUGAAGCUUCCACAUGAGUUUGUUUACGACCAAGUUUCGACCUGUGAGGAGGCUUUUGAUUGCAUCAAGGCGAUGCGCGUGAGAGGAGCCCCUGCCAUAGCUAUCGUCGCUGCACUCGCAUUAGCAGUCGAGUUGGAGGCCAAGAAGGAUGGUGCUAAUUCAAAAGAUGAUCUCCUAAAAUUCAUCAGCUCUCGUCUGGAUUAUCUCAUGGGUAGUCGCCCUACCGCCGUCGACCUGUCGAACGCCAUCAAGCUCCUCAAGAAACAAAGCUCCGAAGCUGCCUCCAACACUACUACGUCAGAUUCAACGACAGCAUGUGCAAACAUUAGACAAGCGUGCAUCGAUACCGCAGAGAAGAUAUUGGAUGAUGAUCUAGCCACCAACCGCAAGAUUGGCAGAUAUGGAGCCGAGUACCUACGUAGACAGCAGAUGCCGAUAUUGACACCUGUUGAUGAGAACGAUGAGCUGAGAUAUUAUACUACCAGUCCGCCGGGUACGCAGGGAGCACCGGACAGAACGUACAGGAAGAUUAGCGUUUUGACGCAUUGCAACACUGGCUCACUUGCUACCUCUGGUCACGGCACAGCUCUAGGUAUAAUUCGAAGUCUACACAAUAUGAACUAUCUCGACCAUGCCUUUUGCACUGAGACCCGACCAUACAACCAAGGAUCUCGCCUCACAGCUUUCGAGCUUGUCUACGAAAAAAUACCUUCAACGCUUAUAACAGACUCCAUGGCAGGUGCACUCUUCGCUCGCAAGAAGACGGAGAAGAAUAUCAUGGCUGUCAUUGUAGGCGCCGACCGCGUUGCGCGUAAUGGUGACACUGCGAACAAGAUUGGCACCUAUAGUCUAGCAGUCCUAGCCAAGUACCACGGCAUCAAAUUCAUCGUAGCAGCACCAACCACAAGCAUUGAUCUCGAGACAGAGACAGGGGCCAGUAUCAGGAUCGAAGACCGUGCCGGCACAGAACUCACGCAGAUCACAGGCGCCGUGGUCGACAAGGAUGGCAAGGUCGAUGUCAGCAAGACGGCGAGAGUAGCGAUUGCGGACCAGAGAGUGGACGUCUGGAAUCCCAGUUUUGACGUUACGCCGCAUGAGCUGAUUGAUGCUAUUAUUACGGAAGAGGGCGAAGUGCUGAGAAAUUCAAAGGGGAAGUUUAGUUUCGAGAGUAUCAUGCCUGAGAGGUGGGCGGCGCAGGUGGUGAAGGGUGGUGACAGGGCUGUGGGGGCCGGCGAGAGUGUGGGAAGAGUGAGGAAGCAGAGCGGCGAUAUGCAGUUCCCUAUGGAUGAUUGA